AUGCACGAACUAGACCAGCCCACCACUCAACGACAUCGCCGGUUCUGGCUUGACGAUGGAGAUCUACUACUCAGCAACCGAGGCAUUCUCUACAAGGUCCAUCGCGCACCAUUCGAACACUGCUCCAGCACAUUCCUCUCGUCACUCCAACCGUCGGAUGGGAUCGUCAUGGAAGGCAUCAAAGCCCUCCGAAUUCCGGACAAUCGGCAGGUAGACACGGAGGACCUGGAGGUACUGAUAGAACAUGUAUCGGGCGAUACCCCUAUAGAUGACAGCACACCCUUUCCGAAAGUCGCAUCGCUUUUGCGAGCCUCCUCAGAGGGACAGCUCGAUUUUUCUGCCGUGAACACUCUCGCCCGGAGUCACCUCGAACGCCUCUUCCCCACCGGACACGAUCUCUUCGCCCGGUCGGAGUAUGCGGAAGAGGCUCUGAUACUGUCAACACAGUACAACAUACCUUCGAUCCGCAAACCGCUCUUCUACACCGUCGCCACCCACCCACACGAACAUGACGCCGCCGACAUCGCGGCCGCACACCCUGCCCUCUCCCCCGAUCUCGCCGCGCGAUGCGAGACGCUGCUCGAAAACCUCGUCUCGCAUUUCACCCCCGUCCUAUUCACUGUGGCGACGGCCGGGCACAUGGCGUGCACGGACAUCUUGGCAGAGCAGUGGAUGUCGCUCGUGAUCAGCCCGGCGCUGGAGGACAACGGACUGACGCGGCCACUGGAGACCCUAGAGCGGAUCAUUGGGAUUGACUGGAGAAAGGAGGGGCUGUGCGAGGAGUGUGUGCGGGACAAGACAGAGGAGUGGCGAGGGGAGCAGGAGACGGUGUGGGAAGCGAUGGACGCGUGGGUGGGAUGA